AUGUUGCUAGCACAAAAUUUGUUUAUGCAACAAAAUUUGUUCCUGCAGCAAAAUAGAAUGGAUCUGUGUUGCAGCAACAAUUUUUUUGUACCUAAGAAAUUGUUGCUUAUGGGCCACAACGGGUCUUUUACAUGCGAGUGCAAUGUAUCAUGUUGCAUUUCAUACACAGGAAAAGAAUACCGCUUUCAGACUUCAUCGUUUCGUCAAUAUUCAACUCCAGUGGUAAACUCUCACAAUGACUGGGAUCCUCUAGAAGAAGUUAUUGUUGGUAGGGCAGACAAUGCAUGUAUACCAGUACUUACACCAGAAGUAAAAGCUUGCACAGGUGAAACACAGUGGGACUACUUAAGAAAGCAUGGCGGGCAAAAAUACCCUCAGGAGUUAAUCAAUAAGAUGAACGCGGAAGUCGAAAUACUUUGUGAUAUUUUGCGCCAGGAGGGCGUUAUUGUCAGACGCCCCGAUAUCGUCGAUCAUCAAAAAGAAUUUAGUACACCAGAUUUUACUUCAAUUGGAUUGGAAGCAGCAAUGCCUCGUGACUUUCUUUUAGCCGUCGGAAAUGAAUUAAUUGAAUCACCUAUGGCAUGGAAAAACCGUUUCUUUGAAUAUCGUGCAUACCGAACAUUAAUAAAGGAAUAUUUUUCGAGAGGUGCUAAAUGGACAGCGGCACCAAAAGCUACUAUGUCAGACAAGCUGUAUGAUCCAGAAUAUCAAAUAAAAUCUACGAAGGACAGACACGAAUUAGCAGCUCAGGGUAGAUUUGUGACAACUGAAUACGAGCCAUGCUUCGAUGCCGCUGAUUUUAUGAGAGUUGGAAAAGAUAUUUUCGUGCAAAGAAGUCAGGUGACAAAUAUGAUGGGUAUUGAAUGGAUGAGACGCCAUCUUGGUGAAAAGUAUAACCUUCAUGUUUUGUCCUUCUCGCCUCCAGGUAGCAUGCAUAUUGACGCAACAAUUAACACAGUUAGAGAAGGCUUAGUGAUCGUUAACCCUGACAGGCCAUGCAAUGAGCUAGAUAUCUUUCAAAAAGCAGGCUGGAAAAUAGUGGAAGCACCUAGACCUGCUAAACCUGACUCGCAUAUUUUGCGGAUAAGUAGCCCUUGGAUAAGUAUAAAUGUGUUAUUGUUGGAUGACAAAAGAGUAAUCGUGGAGAGUUCGGAAGUACCAACACAAAAAAUGUUUGAAUCACUUGGUUUUACCUGCAUUAAAGUAAAUAUGGAGCAUGCUAAUGUGCUAGGAGGAAGUUUUCACUGCUGGACAUGUGAUGUAAGAAGAACAGGAAAAUUGAAGAGUUAUUUUUAGAUUCGUCAUUAUUUUUUAACUUAUUUAACAUACCAGUUAAUUAAAAAAGAUAUGGAGUGAGAGAUGAGUGUGUUUUUUUAUGUCAAGGAUUUUCUGUUUACAUUUAUAACAUAUGUAACAUUUCUAUGCCAGUGUAAGAUAAAUUGUGUCAUU